AUGGACGACACCUCCGACCUGUCGAAAGGAUUUCUCCAACACAUCGAGAGUCUCGGCGGAAUUCGAAUUCUGAGUUCACGAGAAGAUUCUCACGACGACGUCAAGGAGCUGAUGAGCUGCUCUUCGUUUUCUGAUUGCGACUCAAGUGGCGACGAGGAUUCACUCAAGGAGCGCCGACGAACUUUCAAGACUCGACAAAAAUCCGCCGUUCAUCUUGCCCAUCAAGUCAGUGAGGCCCACCAAAGAGUAGCUGCUAAUAUGCGGGAAAGACGGAGGAUGCAGUCCAUCAAUGACGCCUUCGAGGGCCUGCGCGGGCACAUUCCGACUCUUCCGUACGAGAAAAAGCUAUCCAAGGUGGACACUCUCCGACUUGCUAUCGGCUACAUUUCAUUCCUAACGGAACUCCUCACCACGGGCCGUAAUCCAUCGGAAACAAGAGCCCAUCAGCAGCGAGCUCUGAGCCAGAAAAAAAUCGUGGUGAAGAGCAAAAAGUGUAAGUCCGGGGAACCGGGCGUCGUUCUGUAUCAUUCGCUUUCGUGGCACUCGACCAAGCGUCGAUUCGCUCCGAACGCAAACAAUGUCGUAUUCGCCAAGACGUGGCGGCCAGCUAAAUACUCAGGACCAUGCGAAGAGAGAUCCCGCUCGAACCAACAUGAACCGUAG